AUGACGAAUAAGAAGAAAACAAAGGAAGGCAAGGAUUGUGAGCCUGUGCAGUACCAGACUACGUUGAAGCGUGGACAGGCGUGUCUCUCCUGCCGCCGCCUCAAGCUGAGGUGCUCUGCCGAUAAGCCUACGUGCGACCACUGCUACAGAACGGCUAGAGAAUGCAAAUACGAUAGCAAAGAAGCGAGAGAAAUAAUCAAAAUUAUUAAAUCUCAGCAAAAUGGCUCGAACGAGGCAAAGAUUUCACGAAACAAGGACCCUCCACAAAACAGAAACCCUCCAGUACACAAUAUAUUCCCUCACAUUGCUAAUAACAAUCAUAUAUAUCCCAUGAUGUAUGCGACGCAUCCGUCAAGCUCAUCGAGCUACUCAGAGUGUGGCCAGCAAUACUUCACGCAUGCUACACCUUCGGUUGCGCAAAUGGACGAUCCAUACGUCGUAAAGCGCGAAGAGGCCACGCUCUACGACACCAAUCUUGCCUAUCUCCAUCAGCCGCAAAAUUCUUCGCUUAGUGGAAGCUGGCUCGUCCACGAUGUAUUGGCUAGUCCUGCUUAUGACGAGCACUACAAUAAUGUCUACUACAACACCCCCUAA